GUCACGGCGGGAAAAGCCAUCAUAUUUGUGGUAUUUCUAUCGUUUUCACGUAUUAUUCGUGUAAAACAAAACUUUCAGAGUUAAAAAUGAGCUCUGACGAAGAUUGUUGUAUCCUACCGAGCAAGCCGUCAUAUUCUACUGUAGUAUCCGGUCAAAGUAAAAUGAAUUCUGAUCGAGUACCAAAGUUUACCUGUCCAAUGUGCCCUCAAGUUUGUGAAGAACUAUGUAUUAUGGAAGCUCACAUUGAAAAUGAACAUCUAAAUGAUAUGGAUGAACAAAUUUCCAAAGAUACUUCAAAGCCAUUCAGCUCUGCCGUGCAUUCUUGUCCACUUUGCAGCCAAACAUUUAAAGAUACAUUAUUGCUUGAAUCUCACUUUCGUAUAGAACAUGAUGUAUUACAAAAUGAGGAACCUACAUCCCAGGUGCAAAUUCAGAUAUUGUCUUGUCCUGUUUGUUUCUCUGAAUUCUACUCUGAGGAGCUACUUGCACAACAUGUCAACCUGCAUUUCUCAACAGAUAUACCCAAUGACGCUGAUGAAGAGCUUGCCCGUAAGUUGGACCAAGAAGAACGAUUUUUAAUGGAGAACAAGGAACGUGACGAUUUCAAGCGACUUCAAUCGAUGCAUGGUUUCGAUCAAGGAAGAAGUCUGAAUCGACAGUGCGAUGCAAAUCUUUUCAAAUCUGUCGAAAAAGGGAACAUGUCUGCUGUAGAUUAUCAUGAAAAACGGAUUAUGCUUAAAAUGAGUGAAAAAAUCGGACUGGAUGAUGGUUCGUCAGCCACUCUAGAUAUUACAAACCAUAUCAGAAAGCUUGCGGUGGUACAAUCCGCGAACAUGUGUAGUGCGGUUGAUCACUACGCUGCAUCUUUCGGCGACUCUGGUUGGGGUUGCGGCUAUCGGAACCUACAGAUGUUACUCAGCGCACUUCUUCGUUCUCCUCAGUAUGCCGACCGACUGGUGAACCUUUGUCCUUCAACAUCAACAGCCUCCGAUAAUUCCAUCAAAGUCCCGUCCAUUUCUCGACUUCAAUCGGCAAUAGAAGAAGCCUGGAAGAUGGGAUUUGAUGAACAAGGGUGUGAACAAUUAGGAGGCAAGCUGUCUGGUACAUGUAAAUGGAUUGGCGCAACAGAAAUAGCGACACUUCUGGCUUCAUGUCGCAUACGAUAUCGUUUGAUAGAUUUCCAUCGACCUACUUCUCCCGACGGUAAACUACACCCUGCGUUAUUCGACUGGGUAAAGAAAUACUUUGAGGAAACGUCUGAAUUUAAGCCCCCAUUGUACUUUCAACACCAAGGUCACAGCCGCACGAUUAUUGGCAUUGAAGAAACGACACAGGGAAAAGCACGUCUGCUGAUACUUGAUCCAAGUCACAAGAGCGAUCAGAUGCGUCUUUUGACGAACAUUUCCGGAUCGGCCCAGAAUAAACCUGCAAUCGCCAAAAAGAUUUUGGUACCUAUGGCGGCGUUAAAGGCCAAGCAAUAUCAAAUUGUUUGUGCAGACGGCGGCUUCGCUGAUAGUGAACAGGAGUACUUGCAAAGUCGUGUAAUCCGUUCGACACGCAUUCCGUAACUGAUUUGGCGAAAACUUACAGUUGGCAGAAAUGUUGUGCACGCCUGGGAAAAUUUCUGAGACUGCAUAAAGCAGCUACUGUGUCUAAACAUAAUAUUUUGUAGGGUAAAGUAACGCCCAUUUACCUCGUUGUUACGGCGUUGCUUGUAAGUAAGUCACUUA